GUUAUGUUCAACUUUACCAUAAAAGCUUUUUUUUUGUUUGGAAUUUUGAGUGAUAAAAAUUAGAGGGAAAUUCCUUGAAAAUCCCAUUGAAAUCAUGUCCGAAGCCCUAGAUCUCAACGCCAGCGAUUGCAUCGUGCUGGAGGAACACAUUUCCGUAGUGGACCUGGACACAACGGAGGAGGAGAUUAGCGAUAAAGCAGCGAACACGGAGGCAGAAAAGGAAAAACCGUUUGUUCAGUUAAUUUUUCAGGAUGCCGGAGCUUGUCGUGCCCUCCUGGAUAGGAUUAGACGUUGCGUCGAGGUGUACCUGAAGACACAGGAUAAGACAGUGCGGGUUGUGACGGAUGAAUCUGGAGAGAAGGCGGAAAUCUUUGCUGAUGGCAAGGAUGAUGGGACUAUCUUUAUGGUUGACAAGAAUCCCUCCACGCGGCUGAAAACCAUCGAAGUCCCCGCCUAUCAGUCCAGCGAGAGGACACUGCAUAAUGGGGAACUCCCAGAAGUUAGGCAGAGAUUGCGAAAGGUCCCCAUGUGCUAUAACUGUGGCGAUGGUCAUGCCCUGAAUGAUUGUACAUUACCACGGAAUCCCGAACGUAUCCGGAAGGCGCGGAUGCAGAUGCAGAGCAAUAAGCUGGAACGCUACCACAUGGAUAUUGAGCAGAAGUUUGCCCACCUGAAGCCGGGAUGCUGCAGUGAGAACCUGAAGAAAGCACUCGGAGUGGGAAGGAAGCACCUCCCGGGAUUUAUCUACCGCAUGCGUCUCUUGGGCUACCCACCUGGGUGGCUGGAGGAAGCAAAAGUAUCACAUUCAGGACUAAAUUUAUUUGAUUCCGAAGGGCGCAGUGUGCGUCACGAAGAUGUCGAGGACGGAGAAGUUGACGAGAUGCGUGCCAAGUACAAUCCGGAGAAGAUUAUUGACUUUCCCGGCUUCAAUGUUGACCCACCGCUUGGGUAUGUGGAUGAGUCCCAAUUCCACGGGGUGCCGGCAAUGAUGGACUACCACCGGAAGGAAGUAAUGUUUAGGAUGUUUGGCCUGGAAGAAUCCCAACCGGGGUACAAGAAGAAGCGUUUAGGGGAAUUGGAGGCAUCCAAUGGGGACACUCCCCCGCCUGUUGCUCUUGACAUGGAUAUUGAGGAAGAUUCCGAACCGAGUCCUCCGGGUGUUAAUGACGAGAGUAGUCAGGAUUCAAGAGGAGUGCGUGAGGAACCUGAAGGGGAUUCGCAGGAAGCUCAAUUAUCACCAUCUCUCGAUGAACUUCAGGCAGCACAGGAGCGACUCCUGGAAGCUCUGAGUGCCAACAGUCCUGGGAAUCCGUCCUCCCCAGCGACAAUGGAGCGCCCCAAGACACCGGAUAAUCGCGGGAAGUCCCUCUCAACGUUACCUGGUACACCAAUUCUCGUCCCCUUCUCCCCGUACUCGCACCUUCCGGAUGGAGAUAGAUGGGCCAAGGGGGUUAGUGGAGUAAUUGACUUUGAGAACCUCCCGGACAGCACGGGAAAGUACGAAAAGAUGAAGAAUGUACUGGAGAAAGUGCGGGAGAAGGUCUGCAAGAUUCACAAAGAUUAAUGCAUGUAGGAAUUAUACAUUUAUUUAAUCCAUCUUCUUUUAUCUAUACAUCAUCCUCUGGGGAUUGGUGCAUUAAAAUAAUUGUAAAUUAAACUUUUUCA